AUGUCUUCAAGCACGGCUGCAGUCGUUGGGGUCACCCUGGCUUGCACUGUCAUCCUAACUCUCCUCGCCCUUCUCUUCUUCUGCUUCGGGUGUCGCCGCUGCCGCCGCCACCUCCACCUGGGUGCAGUCCCGAGCAAGGUCCCGAGGCCCUUCAUCGACUUACGGGGCCUAUCUGCGACUUCCGCCCCUCUUCCUCCCCCGUCCAUCUCACAUCUCACAAAUUCCAGCGAAAUGCUGUCCACUCAGGCUGUUGUUGCGUACGCAAGCAGUUCUGCACACACGUCACCCACUCUGCCGCCAUACGACGUCGCCCCCCAGGAGACCGUCAAGGCCCAAUCCGCGUUCGACACCCUACAUCCUCCUGAGGCCGUGUCCACACGACCGCCCUCUGCGAGGUCCAUCAUAGCCCCAUCGUCCCUACCUACGCCGCCCGCUGCGCUCCCUCCUGGGACGUGGCACGCCCCGCCGGAUUCUCAUGGCCGCGCACUUUCGCUCCUUAGCUCGCUCUUCUCCCAGGGUCCGCAGGCGAACCUUUCUAGCAGCGAUCUCCCAACAGUGCCGCGAGCUACCGACUCGGGCUUGCGGCUGUAUGAUGAUGCGAUGCUGCCGCCGCCGUAUACACAGGAUUAG